UCAGCCACACCACAGGGUGAGCUGGGCCAGCGGGCGUGAGCAGAGUCUCUCCGCACCGCCAUUCCGCGACGACCCGCACGACGGGAUCCUGAGGAUUCACGGCUGCUGCACAGUUGCGCCCGCGGUGUCCUCGCAACCCUCUGUUGGGACGCGCCCGCCUUGAACUGGUACUGGGAAUAGUGUCGAACCGUAGCCACAGCACCACUUCAGCAGGACGCCGCAGCAGGGGACGACCCAUGGGCCCCGAGGCUUGUGGCAAGGAGGUGGCCUCCAGUGUCCAGCGGGGCUGACCCCGGCACGCUCCAGUCGCGGGAGGACCCUCCGGCACUCUCCAUGGCGGGCGGCGCGGCUCCACGGUCAGCGCCCACGCGGCCCGCGCCCCAGUAGCCGAGCAGGCCGAGCAGCACAGCCCGGAUGUCCGCCGGGGGGCUGGUGUCACCGGCGUCCACGCGGCCGCGCUGCACCAAGACGUCUCCGGAGUCGUCGACUGGCACGCUGGGUUCACCGCUGACGUCCUCGGGAGGCCAUCGGGCGCACUACGGACCGCUGUGGUUCGUGCAGGUGUCGGCCAACAACUCGAGCGGGCAUGCGGCCAUCCCGGUUGCACGGCGUGCUCUGCCCGUCCGAGGGUCGGGGUUGUCGGCCGGCGGGUGUCCGGCGCACACCGCCCUCCCCACCUCCCCCAUGACGGAGAGGCCCCGCGCGGGGACGGCGGAGUCCGCGGGGCCGCUGGGGCCCUCGCGAGGCGGGGCCAGGCCCGCGCACGGACGUCUCAAAAGGAGGACCCUGCAGCUGCUCACACUGGACCGACCGCGCGCCGGCGGGGCGGCCGGGGCCGGCGCCCCCAAGACCAACAACAACGUGGACUACAAGGCGCAGCAGUCCGCCGCGGGGAUGUCGGCGCGCUCCGAGCGGCGCACGACCAGCACGUCGAGCAGCAGCAGCGGCAACGUGCGCAAGCACCUGCGCGUCAGGGUGGAUACGGGGCCGGGCGGGAGCCAGGUGUCGAGCUUGUCCAGCCCACGGCCCAAAGGUUCCAAGGCCGCCCCCGUGGCGCACCGGGACUCCUUCCACGGCGCCAUGUGCCCCGCGCUCAUGGUGGCGCAGUGCUUCGCUCUGCUGCCCGUCGACGGCAUCUCGCGCACCCACCCCGGCGUCCCCCAGUUCCGGUGGCUGUCGUUCCGCGUCUUCUACACGAUCGCCGUGUUCCUGGGCACGGGCGUGGUCGCCCUGCUCGCCGCGUACCGCAUGGUGAGCUCGGGGCUCUCGUUCAACAGCUCAGUCACGGUGGUCUUCUUCGGCAACUCGCUGUCCGCCAUGGUGCUGUUCCUGCAGCUGGCAACGCGUUGGCCGGCCGUGGCUCGCGCCUGGGCGCGCAUCGAGCACGACAUGCGCACCUACGGCUACCCGCGCCACCUGGGCAGGAAGGUCAAGAUCAUGACGGCCGUGGUGCUGCUGUUGGCGACUGUCGAACACCUGUUGGCCGUCAUGACGGCGGUCUACACCUCCUGGCCGUGCUACAAGAGCGGCGGCUUCCCCGGACUGGUGCGAGGUUACAGCCUCAACAAUUUCGCCAUGGUGCUGCAGGUGACGGAGUACGCGCCCUGGAAGGCAGUGUUCGUCUUCCUGCUCAACGUGGUAGCCACCUUCUCGUGGAACUACACUGACCUGUUCAUCAUGUUGCUGAGCGUGUCGCUGGCGCAGCGCUUCAAGCAGCUCAACCACCGGCUGCGCGCCCUCAAGGGAAAGAACCUACCGAGCGGCGUGUGGCGACAGCUUCGCGAGACGUACAACUCUCUGGCGUGCCUAACCAGGACGGUGGACGAGGCCGUGAACAACAUUGUGCUGCUGUCGUUCGCCAGCAACCUGUACUUCAUUUGCGUGCAGCUGCUGCAAGGCAUGAAACUCAUCCUGGACGUCUACCCUUACGUCUACUUCUUCUUCUCGUUCGGCUAUCUGUUGCUGAGGACGUGCGUCGUGUCGCUGUACGCCGCCUCCAUCCACGACGAGAGCAAGGAGCCUCGGCGGGUGCUCUACUCCGUGCCUUCAGAGAGCUUCUGCACCGAGGUCCGGAGAUUUCUUGCCCAAGUCACCACGGAUGACGUGGCGCUGACGGGCUGCAACUUCUUCUCCGUCACCAGGUCCCUGAUGCUGACGGUGGCGGGGACCAUCGUCACCUACGAGAUCGUUUUGGUACAGUUCCAAGGGGUGAGCGGCGAUGGCACCACCGACCUGAGCGUCAAGCCGGCCAACCUGACGGUGCGGUGUUUUUAACCUGCUCUCCCUCUGGCAUCCGCUCCGACAAAUCAAGCGCUGUAAUGGGAGCGCAGAAACUUGUAAAAAUACAA